UCAAUAACUGUGGGAAUGUAAAAGAUGUUCAGGAUGUACCUGAUAAUUUCUUCUUUAAAAGCCGCUGGUUUGGGGGAAGUAAGUCACAGUCUCUGGAAAAACUCUAAGGAAAGAAUGUAUUUUCUCCUUCUGCUCGUCUUCUUUGCCAGCCCAGUGCUGGCCUGGCUGCCGCUGGAGGACUGGGGCUCGGGUAAUGUGACCAGCUCUGUGGGAGAAUCUGGCCAGUGUAUCUGCCAGGUGUUCCUGCCGGACACUACGUUCCCUGCAGACCGUGUGGAGAGUCUCCAGAUAUCUUCUAAUAAGCUGACUGUAGAUGUGGAGCUGCAUAUCAAUAAGCUGAUCAGUUUUAAGGGCAAGGUGGAGAUUCUACUCCAGGAGCUCUCCAACUUGACGAUCAGACUGGAGGUGGUGGAGAGUGGGCCUGAUAAAUACAUCAAACUGGACUUUGAGCUGCUGAGGAUCGAGCUGCGAGAGUUUGAAGCUCUGGUCACAGAACUGAAAGUGUCCCUCAACUCCUCCUCGCCUGCAUUCGAUAGUCUUUACAAUGAGAUUCGCAAUAUGAGCAUGAUAGUAGAUCAGCUGGAGAGCUACGACCGCAGCAACUUGGAAGUGAUUCGCAUUGAGUUUGCCAAACUACAGAAGAAGUUGGAGAAAUGCAGAGAUGAACAGGAUGACUUCUCCAAUGUACAGAUUGGUUCCUGCAAGCAUGAAGGCAUCCUGAGAGUUGGAAAACCUGUAGUUAGCCAGCUGAAUGCUAAUCUCCACACUGGAUACAUAUACGGAGGAUGGGGAAAAGACACCAACCCACUGUCUGGUUCAGAAUCUAUGUACUGGUACUCUGCUUCCACUGAUGCUGUGGUCAGGUAUAUUAGUGUCUAUUCCGACUACUACAGACUGAUCAUGAGACAGGCGAUGAAGACAUAUGACCUCUAUGCUUCAAGUGACUGGCGAGGAAUGGGCAAUAAUUACAUUAUUCGUGCUAACACCUUGUACUACCAGUUCGCAAACCCCUUCAGUAUGGGUAGAUUCAAUAUGACCAGUCAGAAAGCUGAGUACAGGGUGGUGCCGGGUGCCAGCAACAGAUUUUCCUACCAUUAUUAUCCCAAUCAGAUCUUAGACUUUGCAUCUGAUGAGAGUGGAAUGUGGGUAACGUAUGCUACAGAGGCAUCGAAGGGUAAACUGGUGCUGGGUAAGAUAGAUGAGGCAGCGUUUGCACUGUCAGAGGUUUGGGAAACCAGUAUCUUUAAACAGUCUGUGACCAAUGCCUUCAUGAUAUGUGGUGUUCUUUACGCUACAAGAUCUGUAGACACCAAGACAGAGGAGAUCUUCUACACUUACGACACUCAGACCAGACAGGAGAACUAUGUCAGCCUUCCUUUUGAGAAGUUCCAGGAUUCCUAUGUGAGCCUGGACUACAACCCCACAGAUCAGAAGCUUUACAUGUACAACAGUGGCUACUACGUCUCAUACAAUGUAAAGUUUAAAUCUGCCUAGGCGCUUUCUGGCAGACUGGUGUGUUUUAGAAAAGUGUGUUUAAAGAUAUGUGCACCAUACAUUUACUUGUUUGAUGAUGUAAUCAAAUAAGAUGUAGUGUUUUGGAGAUCAUCAAUAAAACUGAAUUCAAGCAUUGCA